CUAGCCGUUGCCAACUCUCUAGUUUAUCUUCUCCAUCUCAUAGAUCUACUUCUCUCUCUCCCUCUUUAAUUUUCACUUUCUGAGCCCAGAAAAUCAAGUAUGGCAAUCUCAGUGGAAUCGUCUUCUCCGUCUCUCAUGAAGGGGCCAUCUUCAUCACCCAUACCUAUGGAUCCUUCUCCAUCUCCAGACCAGCAUAUCUGGAGCACUCUCCGCAGGCGGGUCGAUACUCUUCUUGAAAACCGCAAAUCCAUUGACCAAACUGAAGGAGCAGAUGAGAGAGCGAAAAGAAUGAAGGAGGAUGCUUUGCUGCUCAUCAGAGGGUUUGACUCUGUUUCUUCCACUCUAUCUCAGCUCUCCAACAAUCUUGAGAGUGCCCUUCAGGGAGCUAGGGAUCUGGCAAACCCACCCACAUUGACAGAAAUACUUCACUGCAAUUUGGAGAAGGCCAAAAGUGAGGAGAAUCACAAACCAGAUGAGGAAGAUGUGAAAGGUGGAAUCGAAAAAAGGGCAUUGAAGAGAAAGUUUGAAUCCCAAGAAUGUUCAGAAGAUCCAAAUGAAGGUACUGAACGUGAUGAUGAUUCUAAGGAUGGAAGUUUGAAGGGUGCCAAGGAACUGGGGAAGCUGAAGAAAGCCAAAAAUCUUGCUGUUUCAAUGGCAACCAAAGCGGCUGCAUUUGCUAGAGAACUAAAGUCGUUAAAAUCGGAUCUUUGCGCUGUGCAAGAACGCUGCGCUUUCCUGGAGGAAGAAAACAGGAAGCUCCGCAUUGGAGUUCCCGAAGUGGUGAUCCCACCUCAAGAAGAAGAUGAUCUGGUGAGGUUGCAAUUGGAGGCACUUCUGGCAGAGAAAUCAAGGCUUGCAAAUGAGAAUGCAAACUUGAGUAGGGAGAAUCAGUGCCUUCGCGAGCAAGUGGAAUACCAUCAGUUUGCCUCAGAAGAUAUCUCUGCAUCCUAUGAGAACUUGCUGAGAGGCAUGGGUAUGAGCAUGGAUUUUACUUCAUUGCCAGAUGAACAAAAUGAUGUAACCGGAGGAGGACAGUUGCCAUCUCUUUCACAAGAUUUGUUCGGAGGAAUUUCGAAAACCCUCGAUGACUGCUACGAUGAAGAUUGAAAAGAAAAAAACAAGAAUGAUGGAAUUGAUGCCACUAUGGAGGAUAAACAACAUGAGUUUUGAUGAAGAAGAACCAUAGAGAUUUUUUUUUGUAUUAUAUAGUGCUUUUAACAAAUCCUUCUUUAAGCCUUUGAAAGAAACCUGUCAAGGAAAUGCUCUUAAGAGUGUUUAACUGCCUUAGACAAACUUCGUUUAGGAGAAUAGAUGUUUUUAGUAUGAAAAUAUAUUGAGUUUUAGCAAAUAAAGAGUAAGGUUUUUU